CGAUUGGGAAUAUUAAACACUUCUUUCUGCCCUGAACUGAGUAAAAUGUGCACGUAUAUGAAAGUGAUUCUUUUGUUGUUGUCGUUGACAAGUUUUGCGUGUGGCCGCGAAAUUCCAACCGACGGUAUUUGCUAUGAAUUUGAGAAGAUGGAUUCGAUAACUUUACCAAGGCAAAGAUGUUGCCAUGGCUUUCAAUUUGUAAAUGGCAAAUGUGUAAAAAUCGACAGUAAUCCGAUAUGUCAAUGUCCACCCGGCCAUCAAUCAGAUUUGGACUCGUUAUAUUGCAAUUGUGAACCGAUUUGUGACACAAUCUGUGAAAAUGGAAGAUGCAUAGCAUCGAACCAGUGCGAAUGUAAUGAAGGCUAUGCAGUGGACAAGGAUUAUGGUGGUGAAUGUAGACCAAUUUGUAUGCCAAGUUGUGUAAAGGGAGGAUGUGCAGCCCCAAACAAAUGCAUAUGCUUUGAUGGUUACAAACUUAAGCUUGGUUCGCAACUUGUGUGUAUUCCAGAGCAUCUGCCCGAUGCAUGUGAUGAUGGAUACAUUUAUGCCGAUGGCAUAUGCAAGCCGGUUUGUGCUCCAAACUGUGUAAAUGGAAAAUGUACGGCUCCCAAUCAGUGUGCAUGCAAUGAAGGUUACAAAUUUAGCCGUGAGUCCAAACAAAGAUGCAUUUCAGUUGGUCCGAUCGAAUGUGAAUCGGGUCAACAGCUUGUAAACGGCGAGUGUACGUCAGUUUGUUACCCACCUUGUAAAAAUGGAAAGUGUUUUAAAAACAAUCAAUGCAUUUGCAAUGAAGGAUACAGAUCAAUGUAUGGAAUGGAUCGAUGUGUUCUAGACAAUGAUCCUAUUUGUGAACCGGAUUGUGUGCGUGGCAAAUGCAUUGGACGAAACAUAUGCCAAUGUGAUAAUGGCUAUACGUUGCAUCCAUAUCUGAAUAUUUGCGUACCUUCUUGUACUCUUACUGACUAUUGUGAGAACGGUACAUGCGUUCCUCCAGGGGUGUGCACAUGCAAUGAAGGAUUUCAAUUCAGCGAUAUGAAUCCAAACACUUGUGAGCCAACUCAAACAAAUUAUCCACAGUCAAAUUGGUCGAAGGUAUAUGUUAAAUCUUUAUUGCAUAACCGAACUGUUAGAGUUUCUUUUCAAACGUGGAAACACUAGUGAAAUUCAACAGAUAUUUUGCAUUAAGAGCAAUUGAUAUAAAAUAAAGAUUCAUGUCAUAUCAAUAUGAAAAUAUAAACAAGAAGAUUGCCAAAAUUUUGGUCAUAAUUUUUCAGGUGAUAAAAUGGAUCGCCUCUAAGCUACCAUGAAUAUUUCGAUUACAUCCUUUUGGCCCAGAUUUUAAUUACUAAAAAUUUAUUUAGAAACAAAUUAAUUUUACAAAAUGAUGGAACCAGAAGAAAAUAAUAAAGUUGUUUCGUUU